ACUUCCGGUGAGGAGGUCCUGGACACCCGGGUGGUGCGUGGGCUGCCCCAACGUGGGUUCCCGGGCCCGCAGUCACCGGGAGGGGGGUGGUUGCGUAGCCGGUGUCCCGGAGCAAGUGUCUGAGAGCCGGGUGUGACGCGCAACAGCGCGGGGAGCACUGCGGCGGCGGCAGGAGCAGAUGACUGGUGUUCUGCUCACAUUAAAACAGACUCACUGGUCACAUUAAAGAACUAGAAACAGGUGCUUCCCAAAGAAUGGAUGACGAUGACUUUGGUGGCUUUGAGGCCGCAGAGACCUUUGAUGGUGAGCAAGGCGGAAACCAAGCAGUGUCCCCUGCUGUCCCCUGGGCCACCUUUCCUGCAGUAUCCGGAGUGCGUCUCUCACCAGCUUCUCCGGAGCUUAUCCUGGACCAUGACCGCUCGUCUCCAUCCACCGGCCACCUCCCUCCAGAUGCCGUCAUUUCCUCACCGGAUGAUACGCGUGCAGACAGCAGCCUCGUGAGUCAGACCAUCUCCAAAGCUCAGAUUCAGCAGUCAGCACACACACAUCUGAAUAUCCCUCUCUUCCCACUUGGUUUAACGGAUGAGCCAAGCCAUGGAACACUUGCUCUGGAGGAUGAGCCUGAGGGUCCUGGAGUCCACGUGUCCAACUCUCAGCUCCGGCAAAAAAUAUCAAAUCUGGAGACUAAACUCAAAGCUUCAGAAGAAGAAAAGCAGAGAAUUAAAAAGGAUGUGGAGUCGCUGAUGGAGAAACACAGUGUCCUGGAGAAAGGCUUCCUGAAGGAAAAGGAGCAGGAUGCUGUGUCCUUCCAAGCCAGAUACCGUGAGCUUCAGGAAAAGCAUAAACAAGAAUUGGAAGACAUGAGGAAGGCCGGGCACGAGGCGCUGAGCAUUAUAGUGGAUGAGUACAAGGCACUUCUGCAGUCUUCAGUUAAGCAGCAGCUAGAUGCCAUCGAGAAGCAGUAUGUGUCUGCAAUCGAGAAACAAGCUCACCGGUGUGAGGAGCUGCUGCAUGCUCAGCAUCAAAGGCUCUUAGAAGUGCUGGACACUGAGAAGGAACUGUUAAGAGAAAAAAUCCAGGAAGCUUUGACUCAGCAGUCACAGGAGCAGAAGGAAUCGCUGGGAAAGUGCCUACAGGAGGAAAUGCAGAGGAACAAAGAGACACUGGAGUCCGCUGUGAAGCUUGAGAAAGAAGCGAUGAAAGAUGUCAUCACUAAGGCAGUGGAGGAAGAAAGGGAGAAUCUGGAGAAAGUCCACGCCGAAGAAAGGGAAAUGUGGAAGACAGAACAUGCAAGAGACCAAGAGAGGGUGGCAGAGGCCAUCCAGGCCGCUGUGCAGGAGCAGCAGAGGAUGAGCCAGGAAGCUGUCAAGGCCGCAAUCGUAGAGGAGCAGAGGCGAAGCGAAAAAGCCAUGGAAGAAGCCGUCAAGAGAACGAGGGACGAGCUGGUGGAGUAUGUGAGGGAGCAGAGAAGGCUUGAUCAAGUCACCCGCCAGCGUAGCCUGUCCAGCCUGGAGCUGUUCCUCUCCUGCGCCCAGAAGCAGCUGAGUGCUUUAAUAGCUACGGAGCCUGUUGACAUUGAAUAGAGACACAGCUGAUCCAUCCUGGUCAUUAAGCCUGCCCACUCUGAAGCUGUUUGCCUCCUGCGCCCAGAAGCAGCUGAGUGAUCUAAUGGCCGUAGAGCCUGGUGGCAUCGAAUAAAGGGAACGUGGUGGGCUGCCUUGCCCUGGCCAUUGCGUCAGUCACUAGACUUCUAAGUUAAAUACUGUGACUUAGACAAGUGCUCUUGUUUUCUGUUUAAACCGGGAAAGUGGUUUCCAGUUCCAGAAUGAGCCAGAGCAGUUUCCACAAGACCCAUUGACAGAUCUAACUUAUUCUCUGUUGUUUUAUCAUGAGUAGCAAUGGAAGAAUGUAUAUGACCCAGUCAUGGAAAAGUGGUGUGUUAUCCUCAGUUCAUCAGGUAAACUGUAUGGCUUCUGGUGACCUGAUGACACUGUAUUUGGUAAAGGAUUACCUUGUGACCACCUCGAGGUGAUGUGCAGGGAGCAACCACUGUGUAAUCAUGCAUUUACUUGAUUUUAGGUAGAGUGGGCAGAAAUAUUUGGCAUGGUCAUUGUUCUGACUAACCUGACCUCUUCCCCCCAUGUGACCCCACGUGUUUCCAUAGAUUUACCAAAAAUGAACAACACUAGCUGGCCAGGCUUGGAGCAGCUGCCCUGUGUAAGCUGGGGUGUGUGGCCAGGCUUGCUUCCUGCCAUUCUUCAAAGGCUCGAGAUCUUGUUUCCUAAUCUAAUAUCUGGAAAGAACAUAACUCAGACAUCUACACAUCUAUUUAAUCAAGUACCAGACAUAGGGGUAAAUCGGGAUGUUCGUAAUUCAUGAGCAGUGUGCUCCAAUAUGAAAUCAUGAAUAGUGCUUCUGCUUCCUGGGGCUUUGUAUUUUUCUGGGAUUUCUCAGUAUAAUAAAUGGAACUCCAAAAAGUG